UGGCGGGCGCAGUAAAUGGUUAAAGUGAAAGUAGAUGUCGCCGCCAUUUUGAGUGAACCAGUACUUAGUGUCUAUAGGGAAGAUCUAAAGAACGCUUUCACAGUGGGGAUCGAACCCGUGACCUCCUGGUUGCUAGGCGGACACCAUAUCCUUUACGCCACAGCUACCUCAGGGUUUGGGGUAACGGUACAGUUUGUCAAGACACCAAACGCAAAGCCUAUCCCAAGGCAAUGCCCCAUUUGCGUGGUAAAAGGCAACACGACUGUGUACCUCCGGGUAACAGACCACGUUCGCUGGGUGCAAGCGCUGACGGCAGACCCCAUGAAGCCGUUGAUGUCAGAGGCACGUGCUAAGACCGGUCGGAAAGUGAAGAAGACAAAGCCGAGGAAUUACUACUCUUGCUGGCUGUGCGACCGGUCGGUGAUUGACCGGCUGCGUCAUCUAGAACAGGAGCACAAAAUGGAGGCUGGGACAUUCAAUUUUGUUUACACAAGAGGGCCGUUUCCGGAAAUUUCAAUCGUUGACUCAUAUGUAGACUACAUGUUCCUGCGGAGCAGGCCAGGUGGGUUGGCAAACGAGUCGAAAACACAAGAGGUCAACAUGAAGAUCAACCGGUUCCUGGCCCUGUCUGGCUACUUGGAAGGAGUGGUGUUGAGUGACAUGCUGUUGUGGAUGGGCCAUAUGGAGGUCCACGACAGUUCCUCAACACCACUCACCAGCUGAAGACGGUGCGGAAUGCACUAACGGCAAUCAAGAACUUCCUGAAGUGGUGCGAGGGAAUGGUCUAGCGGACGCCCGCACAUUGAACAAUGCUUCCUGACCUCAACCUGCCUGGAUAAGAGCCGUCGCGAGGUUGUUCGGAGGGUAGAGGAGAGUGCGGCCAUCCUGACGGACGCAAACCUGGAGCGCCACUUCACUGAGAGUAGGUGUACCUAGAGAUUGAGCUGGAGACAGUGAAGGUGCUGACCUCUGUGUGGAACACUUAGAAGCUGGCAAGUUUUCAUAUUGAAGGGUAUGGUUCCCAACCGCCCAUCACACACAGAAUGAAGCUUGUCGUCUUCCGCAGUAAAAACUGGGUGCUGGAAGAUGCUUACUGCUAUAUUGACUGCUUCCGAGCGCUUCCUGGACCUAAAAAUUAUCUCCCAGCAGCAACCUCCCCAAGGUGUGACGAGAGUCUUCAAGCACUAAACUCACAGUCUGCACAAUAUCCGAAAAGAGUGCUAUGGUGCUGUCAUGCUCCUGAACCGGUACUUCCGUGGCUGAGAGAGCUGGCCAUUCUGUAGGAUCUUGAACAGCAGCCUCCACACACAGCUGGUUUGGCAGGUCGUCAUGUAUGGAUGCUAAACAUCUCCUAGCCCCUUCAGCACUCAGAUGUAGUCCAUCAUGGGACAAGUACAGGGACUUCUUAAAAUUAAAUUUUGAUUAUUGAUAGUUACCGUACUAAUUUGUUUUAAACAUAACUAAGAUAUUAAAGCAGCAAAUUAAAUGAA